CCUGAUGGUGCGCAGCCAGUGGUGUCCGUGCAACUUCAGCAACGGGGAGACGAUAGAGGAGGGCAUGGGCAAGCUGGACCGCUGGCUCACAGACCUGGAGAUGAGCCACGCCAAGCGCGCUCAGGGGGAGCUGCCUGGCCUCAAGGACAGCCUGUGCCAUGUCCGGCAGGCCGCGCUGCUGCUGACGAUGAAGAAUAAGCACAGGGCGACGGUGGACGACGUACGCAAGCUGUGUCCGGACCUGAACGGCAAGCAGCUGGGCAAGAUCUGCCUCUGGUACCAGGACGAGAAGUACGGCACCCUCGGGUUCGAUCCGGAUGUGAACUACGAGCUCAGCGACCUGGCGGAUGAUGACGACGCUGAGAUGCUCAAGGAUGAUGAGAGUGUACCCUUCGCCAUCACGGACCUGGUAGCAUCCAUGGGAGAGAUCAACCUGGACGAGGUGCCUCUGCCGCCCGAGCUUCGUCGCGACCCGCACUUCCGCUUCCUGCAACCCACACCCGCCUCCGAGGCCCAGCAGCCGCCCAAGGUCCCCGCCACUAAGAGCAUGCCGCCGUGCCACGCGCUAUCUGUGUCCGACGCCUUAGCAGAAAGCACGCCCUUGCCACCUACGACUGCUGGCUCUCCCCGCGCUACUUAUAGUCCGCGCGGUGCCAACUUCUCCGCCUCUCCGUACAAGACGCCGUUUCGCCUCCCCGCGUCGUCGAGCAUCGUUCACGAUGCCGUCGCGAUGCACCACGCCGCGUACGGCUGGACGGACGGCUCUGCCGCGAAUCGCGGCGAAGCCGGCGGCAGCGGCGCGGGUGCGGGAGGAGCGGCGGAGAGAAGAGCCCCGGGGAGCGGCGGUUUUGGUAGCAGCACCGCGCUUGAACUGACCCCACCGUCGUCGCCGUCGAGUGCGGCGGCAGAUGCGCAAUGGCCCGCCGACAGCCUCCGCGAUCUAGCUUCUAAUACUAAAAAUAUCACUACCGACGUUGUUGAUUCUGGUGUAAAUGGCGGUGUGGAUUCUGGCGGGCGGCAUGAGCAGUCGUCGAAGGAGCACGAGAGGCAACACGAGGGCACGGAGCAGGAAAGCCCCGCGCGCCAGUUUGUCCGCGACCUUGCGCUUGUCCGCGCGCUCAUCCUCGCGGACGCCUGCACAGUGGCGGAAGCGAGUCGGCGAAUGGCAGCCCGCCACGUGGACGCGUGUCUGCUGACGGACGCCAAGAGCGGCAUGCUGUGCGGGAUACUGACGGACCGCGACGUGGCGGAGCGGUGCGUGGGGGAGGGGCGCUCCCCGCAAUCCACGCCGUGCCACGCGGUCAUGACGCGCGAUCCGCUGUUCGUGUCGCUACACGCGCCCGCUGCUGCCGCGCUGAAGAAAAUGGUCAACGGAAAAUUUCGGCACCUGCCCGUGGUGGACGGCGGGGAGGUGGUGGCGAUGCUGCCCGUGCGCAGCUGCCUGGCGGAAGCGCUGCUGCGCGCGGAGGAAGUGCGGGGAAAGGGCGCAGAUGUGGCGGAAGCACUGAAAGAGGCGGAGCGGACGGGAAGGGGCGACGGCACGGCUGCUGGUGCGUGGCGCUGGCGAGGCUUCUUCUUCUCGUUUCUUCUCCGUUUCUUCUUCGUUUCUUCUCCGUUUCUUCUCCGUUUCUUCUUCCGUUUCUUCUCCGUUUCUUUCUCCGUUUCUUCUCCGUUUCUUCUCCGUUUCUUCUCCGUUUCUGCUCCGUCUCUUUCCGGUCCCCGUUUUUGCAGUCAUUUGCUUCCUCAACCGUACUGCACACACGUUCAGACCCUUCCCUCAUUCCCCUCACUCGUUUCCUUUUUUCUCUAA